CAGACGAGAGAUCGCGUGACCGUUAAUUAUUUGCCAUUGGUGAAUUCUCCCUCUUAUGGCGGAGGGAGCAGUCGGCGCAAUGGAUUGUCACUUCAAUUCAAAUGCAUAUUUCGUGUUUUGAAGGCAGUAUUUUGAAAUAGAAGAGAUUUCGUUUUUACUUAAAGCACACUUUGUUGUAUUCUUUUUACGUCAUGGCGGACCGUGGCGUGGAUUUUUCCGGUAUACCUAAAGAGGUUCGAGACCAUUUGGCGGAGUUGGAAUUGGAGCUAUCGGAAGGUGACAUCACACAGAAGGGCUAUGAGAAGAAACGAACCAAGCUGCUGGGCCCCUUCCUCCCUCAGAUCACCAGUGUGGUGCUGGCUCUCCCAGACAUCCAGCAGCAGGCGUCCUCUGGCCCAACCAGUGGUGAACCCAGCCGUGACUGUAGCCCUGCCAGUCCUGAGGCCCCUGGCCCCUCGUCUUCCUCUGGGGGGCGCAGAAACCGCAGCGGUGGGGCCAGGGACGACCGUUACAGAUCAGAUAUCCACACGGAGGCGGUACAGGCAGCGUUGGCCAAACACAAGGAGGAGAAGAUGGCACUGCCCAUGCCCACCAAACGCCGCUCUGCCUUCGUCCAGUCACCUGUAGAACACUGCACCCCUCCAGACACGUCGUCAGCGUCUGAGGACGAGGGUUCCCUGCGUCGCCAGGCGGCUCUGAGUGCAGUGCUGGUCCAGAGCCUCCAGAGCCCAGACUACUGGAUCAACCGCUCAGUGCAGAGCUCCUCCUCCACCUCCUCCUCCACCUCCUCCACCCUGUCCCACGGAGAGAAUAAGACCCCCACUUCCGCGCUGGCCGACAUACUGGCGAGCACACGCAUAGAGAACAGUGUCCCCCCAGACGUGACAUCGUCAACCCCUGAGAGGCGUUCAAGGGUGGACUCCAGAGUGGACCUGCCCCCCAAUGCUCUGCCCAGGGGGAUGCCCCGAGGACAGAGCCGCACCAGCAUGCUGGAUACCACCGCUGACGGUGUACCAGUAAACAGCCGUGUGUCCACUAAGAUCCAGCAGCUACUCAACACUCUGAAACGGCCCAAGAGACCUCCGCUCAGUGACUUCUUCCUGGACGACUCAGAGGAGAUUGUAGAGGUGCCCCAGCCGGACCCCAACACCCCCAGGCCAGAGGGCCGUCAGAUCAUCCCAGUGAAGGGGGAGCCCCUGGGGGUGGUCAGUAACUGGCCCCCGGCCCUGCAGGCUGCCCUGGCACGUUGGGGGGCUUCACAGGCCAAGAGCCCCGCUCUCACCACCCUGGACGUUACCGGGAAACCCCUCUACACGCUGACGUACGGUAAACUGUGGAGCCGCAGUCUGAAGCUGGCCUACACUCUGUUAAACAAACUGGGCACGAAGAACGAACCUGUCCUGAGACCUGGAGAUAGGGUGGCAUUGGUGUACCCUAACACUGACCCUGCGAUGUUCUGGGUGGCCUUCUAUGGCUGUCUCCUAGCAGAGGUCAUCCCUGUACCCAUAGAGGUGCCACUGUCUCGGCAGGACGCAGGCAGUCUUCAGAUUGGCUUCCUAUUGGGCAGCUGUGGGGUGGGCCUCGCCCUGACCAGUGAGCUCUGUCUUAAAGGACUGCCCAAGACUCCCCAGGGAGAGAUCAUGCAGUUCAAAGGUUGGCCCCGUAUGAAGUGGGUUGUGACAGACACCAAGUACCUGACCAAGCCAUCUAAAGACUGGCAGCCCCACAUCCCCACUGCCAACACAGACACAGCUUAUAUCGAGUACAAGGCCAGUAAAGAGGGGACGGUGAUGGGAGUAGCCGUGUCUAAGAUAGCCUUGUUGACACACUGUCAAGCCCUGACACAGGCCUGCAACUACUGUGAAGGAGAAACGUUGGUCAAUGUCCUUGACUGUAAGAAGGACAUGGGCUUGUGGCACGGGGUGCUAACCAGUGUGAUGAACAGGAUCCACACCAUCACUGUACCCUACGCUGUCAUGAAGGCCUGUCCCAUGUCCUGGGUGCAAAGAGUCCACAUACACAAAGCACGUGUAGCCGUGGUGAAGUGUCGUGACCUCCACUGGGCCAUGAUGGCUCACAGGGACCAGAGAGACACCAACCUGUCCUCCAUACGCAUGCUCAUAGUAGCUGAUGGAGCCAACCCCUGGUCCGUGUCGUCGUGCGACGCCUUCCUCAAUGUGUUCCAGUCUCACGGGUUAAAGCCGGAGGUCAUCUGUCCCUGUGCCUCCUCUCCUGAAGCUCUCACUGUGGCUAUACGCAGGCCUGGUGCUCGUGGUACAGCCCUCCCUGCCAGGGCCAUUCUCUCCAUGGGCGGGCUGAGUCAUGGGGUCAUCAGGGUCAACACAGAGGACAAGAACUCUGCCCUCACUGUACAGGAUGUAGGCCAUGUGAUGCCUGGAGCUCUGAUGUGUAUCGUGAAGCCAGACGGGCCUCCACAGCUCUGUAAGACCGACGAGAUCGGAGAGAUAGUGUUGAACUCCAGGGCUGGAGGAACCAUGUACUACGGUCUACCUGGAGUCACCAAGAACACCUUUGAGGUGAUUCCUGUGAACCAGGCUGGAGCUCCGAUAGGAGACAUCCCCUUCACUAGGACUGGCCUGCUGGGCUUCGUAGGGCCGGGAAGUCUGGUGUUUGUAGUGGGGAAGAACGAGGGGCUCCUGACGGUCAGUGGUAGACGACACAAUGCUGAUGACUUGGUGGCCACAGCCCUGGCCGUGGAGCCUGUCAAAACUGUCUACAGGGGGAGGAUCGCCGUGUUUUCUGUAACCGUGUUCUAUGAUGAGAGGAUAGUGAUUGUAGCAGAACAAAGACCAGACGCCAGUGAAGAGGACAGCUUCCAGUGGAUGAGCAGAGUACUACAGGCUAUAGACAGUAUCCACCAGGUGGGUCUGUACUGCCUAGCCCUGGUCCCGGCCAACACGUUACCCAAGACACCACUGGGAGGGAUCCACAUCUCUGAGACCAAACAGAACUUCCUAGAGGGGAACCUGCACCCCUGUAACAUCCUCCUCUGUCCACACACCUGUGUCACCAACCUGCCCAAACCACGGCAGAAACAACCAGUUGGAGUGGGCCCGGCCUCCAUCAUGGUUGGUAACCUGGUAGCAGGAAACAGGAUGGCCCAGGCUGCAGGCAGAGAGCUGGGCGUGGUGGAGGAAGAGGGUCUGGUCAGGAAGCACCAGUUUCUGUCUGAAGCACUACAGUGGAGAGCCCAGAGUGACCCUGACCACGUCCUGUAUGUGCUGCUCAACGCUAAGGGGGCAGCAGUGUGCACAGCCACGUGUGUUCAGCUGCACAAGAGAGCAGAGAAGAUAACCUCAGCCCUGAUGGAGAGAGGAGGCCUCAACACUGGGGACAACGUAGUGCUGUUAUACCCCCCUGGCAUUGAUCUGAUAGCUGCCUUCUAUGGCUGUCUGUAUGCGGGGUUGAUCCCUGUAACAGUGCGCCCCCCUCACCCUCAGAACCUGGCUGCUACCCUGCCCACCGUCCGCAUGAUCAUCGACGUGAGUAAAGCUGCCUGUAUCCUAACCACCCAGCCCCUUAUGAGGAUCCUCCGGUCCAGAGAGGCUGCUGCCAGCGUCAACGUCAAGACCUGGCCCACUAUCAUAGACACAGACGACCUCCCCAGGAGGCGGCCCCCCCAGCUCUACAAGCCCCCCACAGCAGAGAUGCUGGCCUACCUGGAUUUCAGCGUGUCCACCACAGGCAUGCUGACCGGGGUCAAGAUGUCCCACUCGGCGGUCAGUACUCUGUGUCGCUCCAUCAAGCUACAGUGUGAGCUCUACUCCUCACGCCAAAUAGCCAUCUGUCUGGACCCCUACUGCGGCCUGGGCUUCGUACAGUGGUGCAUCUCCAGUGUGUACUCGGGUCACCAGUCCAUCCUGAUCCCUCCUAUGGAGUUGGAGCUGUCCUUACCUCUGUGGCUGAGCACCCUGAGCCAGUACAAGGUCAGAGACACCUUCUGUUCCUACUCUGUCAUGGAGCUCUGCACCAAGGGCCUGGGAACGCAGACUGACGCACUCAAGGCGCGGGGUGUGAACCUGUCGUGUGUGAGGAGCUGUGUGGUGAUAGCAGAGGAGCGUCCCCGGCUGGCACUGACCCAGUCCUUCUCCAAGCUGUUUAAAGACCUGGGCCUCUCCCCCCGCGCUGUCAGCACAGCGUUUGGAUCCAGGGUCAACAUAGCCAUCUGCUUGCAGGGUACAGCUGGACCAGAUCCCUCCACCGUCUAUGUAGACAUGAAGUCCCUCCGCCAUGACAGGGUGAGGUUGGUGGAGCGAGGAGCCCCACAGAGUCUUCCCCUCAUGGAGUCAGGCACUAUUCUUCCAGGGGUGAGGGUGAUCAUCGUGAACCCAGAGACCAGGGGUCCGUUGGGGGACUCACAUCUAGGAGAGAUCUGGGUUCAGAGUCCCCACAGUUCCAGUGGCUACUACACCAUCUACGGAGAGGAGAGCUUGCAGGCGGACCACUUCAACACGCGGCUGAGCUUCGGGGAGCCCCACACCCUGUGGGCCAGGACGGGAUACCUGGGCUUUGUCAAGAGGACAGAGCUACUGGGGUCCACCGGAGAUCGUCAUGACGCUCUGUUUGUGGUGGGCCAGCUGGAUGAGACGUUGGAGCUCAGGGGGCUUCGCUACCACCCCAUCGACAUCGAGACCUCUGUGUCCCGGGCACACCGCAGCAUCGCUGAGAGUGCUGUGUUCACGUGGACCAACCUCCUGGUGGUAGUGGCAGAGCUGGCCGGGUCGGAGCAGGAAGCCCUGGACUUGGUGCCUCUGGUGACCAACGUGGUUCUGGAGGAGCACCACUUGAUUGUGGGCGUAGUGGUCGUCGUUGACCCGGGGGUCAUCCCCAUCAACUCCCGGGGAGAGAAGCAGAGGAUGCACCUCCGGGACUCGUUCCUGGCCGACCAGCUGGACCCCAUCUACGUGGCCUAUAACAUGUGAGAUGUGAGGAGGGCCCAGGCCCCAUUCACACUGGGGUGGAGGCUGGCUAUGGGGGUCCACUGGGAUGGAGGCUGGCUAUGGGGGUCCACUGCGAUGGAAGCUGGCUAUGGGGGUCCACUGGAGUGGAGGCUGGCUACGGGGGUCCACUGGGGUGGAGGCUAGAGUAUAGAGGCUCUGAGAGGGAGGCGCUAGACACAGAGAGGGGGCUGGGGGUGGAGUGCUUCUCCCAAGAAUGGACCUCACCUGGCAGUGGGACAGAGUGGCAGGACAGGGCAGGAGUAGCAUUGGUGGAUGGGCUUGGACUUGGUUUAACCAUCCUGUUACAGUAAUUCCUGCCCCAGUGUUCUUUCUCUCUCGGCCAAAGUCUACUCUCUAUGAAACAGAGACUGUUUAUUAAGGCUGUGGGCGGGAGUGAAGUUAGAGCACGUCUGUCUGCAUGGGGUUUUGCUGCUUCUUACUGGUGCUUAUCCAACCACUCCCUGCCUCCCACUGACAGAGUAGGAAGAUGAUUGGUUUCUCCUCUUUGAUUGACACUUGGGUCCCACCUAUCAAGUAGAUGUUUGCCAAUACCCUCAUCUACUGUCUCUCCCCAACUGUUCCUAACCAUGAUUUUAUCCCCAGACAUUAUUAUUGUGAAUCUUGUUUUAUAGAAGAAAAUACAGAGGUGUGUUUCUCAUCUCAAUCCAUUCCCUGGUUCAGCCUGUACCCUGCUCUCUCCUCUCUCCUGAGUGGUCCACAGUCCGUCAUGUUGGUCAGGAUUGGACUGGGGAGUCAACGUGACGAGCUGGAAGCUUCCCCCAUGCACUUUAACCUUGUCCUUCCAUAAUCUCUCCUGUCUCACCUAGCCAAGUCCCAGAUCUGUUUAUGCCGCCUUGUCAACUCCUCAUGAGACAAUGACCAAAGGAGUUGUAAAGACCUGGGACCAUGCGUAUUGUACGUCCCAAAGGGCAACCUAUAUAGUGUACUACCCUAUGGGCCUUGGUCAAAAGUAGUCCACUAAAUAGGGAAUAGGGUGCUAUUUGAGACGCAGCCUAUUUGUCCCCUGGAUUGUUGAUGGGAGACUCUGAUCUCCUCUACUCACUUCCAUUUUUCAUCAAGAAAUGCAUAAGAACUAAACAAUAUCACAAACAAUACAAUACCUGCAGUAAGUACAGCCCACUGAGCCAGACUAACGCCUGUAGCUCUGUAGCUGUACUUACUGCAGAGCUGGAAUUGAUCGGUCAUCCUACGUGUCUGUCCCAUAGAUCUAGGUUGUUUUUUUUUACCCUUUACUGCUAUGUUAAAAGCUUUUAGUCGUGCUAGAAGAAUUCACUUUUAAAACACACUUGUCCUUGGUAUGGAAUGAAAAAGAUGUGCAACAUAAACAUACCAGCAGCAAACUCGCACAACAAAACAGACAGUGUUUAUUUUUGGGGGACAAUAUUUUAAGGUCUUGAUGUAUGAGCAGGAAUCGUUCCAUGAGAGUUCUCAUCGAUCAUGUAAAUAAAAUUGACUCCUGUUUAACUGUAAUGCUGUUUUAUGGGGUCAGGGUUAUAUGUAUGUACAGACAUACGACUAAACUGCUGUAGAUAUUUAUCUUUACACAACUGUAUUUAUCGUCAUUAUUUAAAUAUCUAGCAAGCACAAAAUACUGGUAAUAUGGAACAAUAAACUUGACUUCUGAUUAACUUGCUGGCUGACUUGAUAUCAUGGAGGCUCCUCUGCUGAAUCACUAUCUGAGCUUGAAUAAGUAUCAGUCAGUCAGCUGCUGGCCUCUGUCACAGGCUUUCAGAUGGCAAAGCCUUGGUGUCCGUGGCUAGUCAAUUGCUAGGCUUGUUUGUUGAUUCUGGAGUGCCCAUUGAGUCACCAAGAGGCAUCUAUAACUCUAACUAACUUCACAUGAGGCUACAUCUGGGAUGUCAGAAGACUGCUGUGCCUUUAAAUGUGGAAGACACAUUUCAGUUGAAUGCAUUCAGUUGUACAACUGACUAGGUAUCCCCCUUUCCCUUUUGUUUUGUGCCAUCAUGAAACGUGACAUCUUCAUAAAUCAAGGACUUGGUGAAUUACCAAACCCAGUUGGCAGUGGGUAUAAGAUGAGAACAAAUUCUUGCCUUAUAAAACCUGUGGAACUUGUAAUACUUUUACUGAUUUUAUUUGUCAAAGGUUUUAAUUGAAUUAUUCUGAUUGUAUUAUGACUAGAAAAGGGAUUGUGAAGGGUAAGAUGUUGACCGUAUAGGGUAUAUUUUAGAGGUCAAAAAUUGUAUAACUGGUGUUACUGUGUACAUUGCAAUUAUGAACUUAUUCUUUGUUCAUAAAACUUGACAGCAAAUUUCUGCAUCACAGACUUAAACGUAGGCUAAGUAACACAUUGCAAAAUUAAAGGAAGCGUAUCAUAUGGUUUGGCAGGUGGUAACAAUUUGCACUUUUCCAUAUCAUUAUUACUGGUGUGUGAUUGUAUGGUUUAAAUGGUGACAUCGUUUGCCUUUCCUUGUGGAAAAAAGUUUAAUUUCCCUUUUUAAUUAAAUGAACAUCAAAAUAUUGAACAAUAUUUUUGCUCCAAAAUGCCAGUUUCUUUUUUGUUGAUUGGCCUAUUUUAUGUCAUUCACUGUAAUGUAAUUUUUGGGGGUUGACUCUAGCAGGACAUCCCAAGGAUUCAGCCUAGCAUCAAACAAUUUUUAUUCCAUCCAUCCAAAUGAGAAAUUCAUUAUUUAAAUGAUUGUAAUGUUUUUCAUGCAAGAUUUCAACUAUCCUACAUUUAACAGCACAACUCUGUGGCAAAACAAAAGCCUUGUUUGAUUUAGGAAGUUGUUAAAACUACUUGAAUGACAAACAUUGUAACUUAAGUCCAUCUUUAGAGUAAAGUUAAAUUUAAUGAUUCAUAAAAAAUGUUUUGGGGACUAUUCUGUGGUAUUUGGCUUUCUUGCCAAGCUGCUACUGUAUCAUUCCACCUUUGCAUGUUUAAAUGAUCAUCUUAUACUGGUGUGACCAUAGAACUAGAAGGAAUUUACCACUCAAAUCGCCAUGGUGUGAGCGGUUCCAAGCCCGUUCUACUCAAUCUAAUUCUAUGGGUGUGACAACAUGUUGUCCUGCCAUAUAUUCAUUAGACACAUUGGUGCUAUCCAAAACUGGAAAUAAGGGGAAACUUUUUCAAGAAUCUAUCCAUGGACAAACCUAGCUUGAGUUCCAGCCUCUUUGUACUAUUGUGCCAGCUCCAAUUGGCAAAAGCACAAACAGGUAUGGGACCAGGCUAGGAUAAACGAUCAGGAUUGCCAAUAUUUCCAUAUAUUUUGUAAUAAACACUGUGCCAAUUGCAGUAAAACUGAAAACAAUAAAGGAUGUUAAGCUUUUAGUCUAUUGUAAGCACAAUGUACUGUACUUGUGUAGUGAUAAAACAAUUUAUUUCGGAUGAUUAAUGUUAUUUGUAAACCUCAAGGGCCCAAAAUAUAUAUACCUCAAGGCUAUUCACUAUGCAUAAAUGCUGUAAAAGAUCUUUUCAAUAUAGUCAGUGAUGCAAUGAGUUCCAACUCAGAGGCAAACGUGUCCUAUUUGACCAACGUUCGGUCAUGUUGUCAAUGGGGAUCAUUUGGUUUCUAUUUGGUUUAGCAAAAUGAAACAAUAAAAAUCUGCUUUUGUCA